CAUGAAAUAAAUUUAGGCAAAGCCAUUCCAGCGCGGCACAUACUGGUUCCGACUCUGGAUUCUGAACCCGUCAAGAACAAAGCAAGAGCAGCCAGACGAGGCCGUCGCCAAAGGAACAAAGCCAACGAGAUUUUACUACGAGAUCGCCAUAUUGCCAGAGUGCAUAAUGUCAAUGCUGUCGUAUAUAGAAGUCCCAACAAACGACGAUUGAUUGCCUGAGGCCUGAGGCGCGUGCCGGCGACAAAGAGAGCCGCUCUGUUUUUCUCGCCUCCAUCUGCCGCUCACCUUGCGCUUCCACCUUGACGUCUGGGUGACUUGACUUUUCUCCAUUCCCUCCGGCUGGCUGUGCUUUUGCUCGUUCCACCGUCCCUGCCCUGUCCCUUUCCUCGUACACAUCUUCCCAGCCAGCCAACAUGUCGUCGCGACCACCAUCGCGGGUGGUCUUCGUGGGCAACAUCCCCUACGGCCUCUCUGAGGAGCAAAUAACAGAUAUCUUCAGCCGCGCCGGCAAGGUCAUCAACUUCCGCCUGGUCUAUGACCGCGAGACGGGCAAGCCGAAAGGCUUCGGGUUCGCCGAGUACCCAGACGCCGAUUCGGCCGCUUCGGCGGUGCGCAACCUGAACGACUCGGAGAUCAUGGGUCGCAAGCUGCGGGUUGAUUUCUCUAACGAGGGGCCCGGCGGCGGCGAUAAGGACGACGGCCCAUCCAACUUCGACCACGGCGGCGGCGGUAACAACGGCAACGGCAACGGCCCGAACCCCAACGGUGGCAACAAUAACAACAACAACAUUGGCGGCAACCCGGGCCUCCCGCCACUGCCCCCCGGAAAGGACCUGCCCGCGGGCGUGUCGGCCACCGACGCCAUCUCGCGCACCCUGCGCACCCUGCCGCCCGCCCAGCUGCUCGACAUCCUGGGCCAGAUGAAGACCAUGGCCGCAGCAGACCCGGCCCGCGCCACCGAGCUGCUGUCCCAGGCGCCACAGCUGUCGUACGCCAUCUUCCAGGCCCUCCUGCUCAUGGACCUGGUCUCGCCCGACGCCAUCCAGUCCGUCGUCGAGCCUGGCGUCCCGAUUCCCACCCAGCCCCAGCCGCCACAGCAGUUCCCGCCGGCUAACAACGGCACGCCCCCCGUCGCCGCGCCAUACGCGCCACCCGUCGUCCCCAUCCAGCAGCAGCCGCCGCCUGCCGCCGCCCCGAUGUCCGCCGACACCGACACGCUCAUGCAGCAGGUCCUGGCCCUGCCCCAGUCCACCAUCGACCAGCUGCCCGAGGCCGAGCGCGCGCAGAUUAUGCAGCUGCGUGCCAACUUCCUGGGGCAGGCGAGAUAGGUCCUGUCUCUACCUGACCUCUGGGCUUGUGGCUUUCACAGCGGCUCCCGGCCCAGGCCAGCAACACAACCCGAACAGCCACUCAGUUCGGACGCCAGCAAGUAGCGAAGUGGUAUGACUAGACAGCACCACAAGACUGCGCGCGAUAACGGCACCCAACGAUAACCUGCCAAAGACGCAUUGUAAAUCAGGGCCAGUGAUCGGACAUGACACCCCUUUUAGAAUAUGCUUGAUUUGCAUUGUGCCAAUGACCAGCAUGAGCGGUUCGUGCACUAGGGGACUCGGAGGCGAUUGAUCCCUCCAGGCCUCGCCUCUUUCCCAGGCCGGGAUAGGCCAUGCAAUGGGGCGGAGAUUUGCGGAAUGUAAUCACGAAUAGGAAGAAGAAAAUCGAAGAAUUAUGCACUCAAAUUUGACUCUUUG